UCGCGUCGCUCUGACCUCUGCUCGCUUGGCCGGCGCCGCGCAUGCCCAGUCACCGGGUCACGUGACGCCUGUCAUGGCCGCCCCCACUGUCCCUGGCGGCGUGAGUGUCAGGCUCCUGCUGCGGGCUGCCAGGGCCUCCUGGUGGAGCGGGACCUGGGACCCAGAGACGCUGAGAAGCAGGAAAUUCCGGACAACAGGCAGGCGCCCGGCAGAAGGGGACACCGGCGGCUCUGAGCGGCCCGGGGACGUGGUGAAUGUGGUGUUCAUAGACCGGUCAGGCCAGCGGAUCCCGGUGAGCGGCAGAGUCGGGGACAAUGUCCUCCAUCUGGCCCAGCGCCACGGUGUGGACCUGGAAGGUAGGAGCCAGGCACAGCGAAUUACCCAUUCCAGCCUAAUCCAUUAUCAUCAGUCUGUCCACUGCUUAGCCCACCUAUGGCUUCCCAUCAAAUAUGUAUUGAAUCCCAAACUUUACACUUCUUAUUUAGUAAGCAUUUAUUACAGGCCACUCCACUAGAACUCGACGUUCAGAGCUUGUUGUUCUUUUGUUGCUCUUGCUCCCUCCAUACUAGCAGCACUGUGCUUGUGGUACUGAGGAUUGAAAUCAGGGCCAUUACACUGAGCUACAUCCCAAAUCGUUUUGAGUCUGGUCCUCACUAAAAGUUGCUAAAUUGCCCAGGCUAGGCUUGAGGUCGUGGUCUCUCCCUGCUGAGCCUCCCAGA